AUGUCAAAUAAGAGAUUCUCAAUGUUGAUGUUCUCCAGAGCAUGUCUCAUGAUGGUGGUGGUGACGAUUUUGGUAUCUCUGCAUGUACAUGGUGGGUAUAGAGGUUGCAUCGAAAGCGAAAGGAAAGGAUUGAUGGAGAUCAAGGCUUACCUCAACACAUCCGAGUACCCCUAUUAUUGGCCUAACAACACAAAUAGCGAUUGUUGCAGAUGGGAAGGAGUCAAGUGUGAUCUUAACAGCGGGCGUGUGAUCAGCCUGUUUUUGACUGAAACAAUUCAUAACCUUCCCCUACUAAAUCUUUCCUUGUUUCAUCCCUUUGAAGAAUUACAAACUCUAAAUUUAAGUAAUUCAUGGUAUCAUGGCUUGUUCCACGACGAUAUAAAUGGUUAUAAAAGCCUAGGGAGAUUAAAAAGUCUUGAGAUACUCGAUUUACGUAACAACGGGGUUAAUAAUAGUGUCUUGCCCUUUCUAAGUGCCGCUUCUUCGCUUAAAACUUUAAUUCUUCGUGGUAAUCUUGUGGAAGGUACUUUUCCAAUGAAAGAACUAAAAGAAAUGAGAAAUCUAGAACUGCUGGAUCUAAGUGGGAACAAGUUCAUUGGCCCAAUACCAGACUUGGCGAAUUUUCACAACCUUCAAGGCUUGGAUUUGAGCGAUAACGACUUUUCUGGAUCACUGGAAAAGACAGGACUUUGUCAAUUGAAAAAUUUACUGGAGCUUGAUAUAAGUCAAAACAAAUUUACAGGCCCAUUUCCUAAGUGUUUUGGGAGCUUGACCAAGCUCCAAGUUCUUGAUAUCUCUUCAAACAAAUUGUAUGGGACGGUUCCGUCUCAUAUAAGAAAUCUUGAGUCUAUUGAGUACUUAUCUCUCUCAGAUAAUGACUUUGAGGGUUUCUUCUCUUUCGAGUUAGUAGCCAAUUUCUCGAAGCUCAAGGUGCUCAAAGUUUCAUCAAGGUCUAGUUUGCUGCAGGUACAAACAGAAAUCUCGUGGCAGCCGAGGUUUCAGUUAAGUGUCAUACAAUUACAGAACUGUAACUUGGAGAUAGUUCCAAGCUUUCUUCGACACCAAAAUGAUUUGCGCGUAAUUAAUCUCUCCAACAACAAGUUGACUGGACCAUUUCCCUCUUGGUUUUUGGAGCAAUAUCCAAAGCUUCGGGUUUUGCUUUUGCAGGACAACUCUUUCGCCAUGUUUCAGUUGCCAAGACUACUUAAUCAGAGUCUACAGAUUUUGGAUGUAUCAAAUAAUAAUUUUGAUCAAAAGCUCCCUGAGAGUAUUGCAAAGGUGCUUCCAAAUUUGAUACACUUGAAUCUCUCAAGUAACGGGUUUCAAGGGUAUUUGCCACCUUCCUUUGGUGAGAUGAAAAUGCUCCAGUUCUUGGACUUAUCGCGUAAUGACUUAUAUGGCAGUCUACCAAGGGAGUUUCUUAUGGGUUGUGAUUCACUAAAUACGUUGAAGCUUUCAUACAACAGAUUCCAUGGACAACUUUUUCCAAUACCAACAAAUUUCGGGAACUUGAUCUUGUUGAUUGCAAAUAACAAUCUAUUUACUGGGAUCACAGGUGGAUUUGUGAAUCUAACUACUUUAUCCGUGCUUGACUUGUCGAAUAAUAAUCUACAAGGUGUGCUUCCAAGUUGGUUCGGCCACUUUCCUAUGGUGUAUGUUUCUCUUUCGAAUAAUCUUUUGGAAGGUACAGUACCAAGUAGCCUUUUUAACGUAGAAACCAUGAAGAUUUUGGACCUCUCUGGAAAUAAGUUUUCAGGGAACUUACCUGUGCACUUCGGAGGUCAGUAUAUGAGUCUGUUGUACCUCCACGACAAUGAGUUCACAGGGAACAUUCCAAGUACAUUGAUAAAAGAUGUCUUGGUACUCGAUCUGCGAAAUAACAAAUUAUCUGGGACUAUCCCACGCUUUUUCAACAACCCGGAUGUCAUCUCUCUUUUGUUGAGGGGUAACAGGUUAACUGGUCAUAUUCCUAAGGAUCUAUGUACUUUAAGGGCUCUUAGGAUCUUGGAUCUUGCCAACAACAUAUUGGAUGGGUCUAUACCUUCAUGUCUAAACAAUGUAUCAUUUGGAAGGGGCUUUGAUUAUGCGACUGAUGGUAAUACAUAUUCAAUUGGAUUUGAUGAUGAAGAGUUGGAGGUUUAUUCUAGGUUGUUGGUUUUACCACGUGAGUUUUCUCGACGUUACACCGACUAUUUGACGUUCAUAGUUGAUUUUGCAUCGAAGAGCAGGUAUGAUUCCUACACCGGAGGAAGUUUUGAUUUCAUGUUUGGAUUGGAUUUGUCAAAUAAUGAACUCAGUGGUGGAAUCCCGAAAGAGCUAGGGGAUCUUCGGAGAAUACGUGCUUUGAAUCUGUCCCACAAUUCCUUUUCAGGUUCAAUACCUGAAAGCUUCUCAAAUCUAACAGAUAUAGAGAGCAUUGAUCUUUCAUUUAACAGGUUGCGUGGGACAAUACCUCAAGAUAUAUCCAAGUUAGACUAUAUGGUUGUGUUCAAUGUAUCAUACAACAACUUGUCAGGCUCCAUUCCAACUCAAGGCAAAUUCCCUACUUUAGAUGAAACUAACUACAUUGGUAAUCCUCUUCUCUGUGGAUCAUCCAUAAAUAGAAGUUGUGAGGAUAACAACAAAACUACCGGGUUCCUUGAACCUGAUUCUCUAAACGAGGACGAAGAAACAACAAUCGAUAUGGAAACUUUCUUUUGGAGCCUUGCCGCCACCUUGGGUGUAACAUGGAUCACAUUUCUUGUGUUUCUUUGCUUUGAUUCACCUUGGCGCCAAGCAUGGUUUGACCUUGUUGAUGCUUUUAUCAAAAUGUUCCAAUGCGCUUGA